GUCUAGUUUGGAGUAGGCCUAAAGUCGGGGAGUGUGACACAUGCUCUAGCAUUUUCGCGACGCUCCGCAAGGCUCAUACGCAGAACUCUGUCUUUUAGUGCUAUUAGAGGCAUGGCUAGUACGCAGGACGCGUCGCACGGUGCCGCGAGUGCCGGCACGGCAGGCGGGCGCAGCACGGCUGCAGCUGUCAAGGCCGGCCCAGUGCUGCCUUGGAUGCGCGUUCCCAUAACCAUCGAGUCUGGGACGGGAGUGCCCAUCGAAGGGGUGCUAGGCAUGGACCAGCGGCUGGUGCCGGUACUCCUCAAAGCGUUCAGCUUCACGGAGCUGUUCCCGGUGCAAGCGGCGGUGUGGCAGCACUCGGCGGGCGGCCGCAGCACCGCACACGACCUGUGUGUGGCUGCGCCCACAGGCAGCGGCAAGACGCUGGCGUACGCGCUGCCGGUGGUUAACGCGCUCGCUGACACCACCUCGCACAAGCACUCCAGGAGCUUGGGGCGGCUGCAGGCGCUGGUGGUGCUGCCCACACGUGACCUCGCUGCGCAGGUGUAUGACGUGUUCCAACCGCUGUGCGAGGCGGUGGGGCUGAGGGCGGUGCUGGCGGCGGCGCGGAGCUCAGAGGCGGCGGAGGCGGCGCAGCUGCUCGGCACAGCGGCCGGCGGCGGAGGCGGAGGCGGCUCGCAGCGACAUUUGCAGCAGUACUUGCACCAGGCCGCCCCCGGUGGCAUGGCGGGGACUGCCCACGGUGGCGGUGGCGGCAUUGGUGUUGGCAGUGGGGCGGGCGGUGGAGGCGGAGGUGGAGGAGGCGGGGGCGCGGACGUGGUGGUGGCGACGCCGGGCCGCCUGAUGGCGCACCUCAGCGGCACGCCUGGGUUCACAUUGGAGCACUUACGCUACCUGGUGGUGGACGAGACGGACCGCCUGCUGCGGCAGAGCUACCAGGAAUGGCUGCCGCGCGUGCUGGCGCAGCUGUCGCCACAGCACGCCGUGCUACAGCAGCACCUGCACGUCCUGGCGCAGCACGGCUACGACACCGCCGGCGGCAGUAACGGCCCCGGCAGUAGCGGCAGCAGCGGCGGCGGCGGCGGGGGAGGCGGCCACUUUGCGGCGCUGUGGCCGGGCGCCUCAACCGGCACCGCGCUGCCGUACUCCAUACCCCGCGUCGUGAAGAUCGUGGUGUCGGCCACGCUCACACGCGACCCCGCAAAGCUGCAGCGCUUGGCGCUGCACCACCCGCGAUACGUGGCCACCGCCGGGUCCGCGGGCGCCGCCAGGGGCGGCGGCCAGGGCGCCGGCGGCGCCGGCGCUGCCGCAGCGGCGGCCGCCGCGCGCUACUCGCUGCCGCGCAGCCUGAGUGAGUACCGGCUGCUGUGCUCAGCGGCUCGCAAGCCGCUGGCGCUGCUGGCGCUGCUGGCGGAUGCAAGUGCGGCGGGCGAGAGCGUCAUCGUGUUCACGUCGUCGCUGGAGAUGACGCACAAGCUGUACCUGAUGCUGAGUGCCGUGGGGGACCUGGCGGGCAAGGUGGUGGAGUACUCCAGCCACGUGCCGGCAAAGGAGCGAGCGAGUGGGCUGGAGCGCUUCCGGAAAGGGGACGCCAAGGUGCUGGUGGCCUCGGACGCCAUGACUCGCGGCAUGGAUGUGGACUGCGUGCAAGCCGUCAUCAACUAUGACGCGCCCGUGUAUGCCAAAACCUACGUGCACAGGGCCGGCCGCACGGCGCGCGCCGGCAAGAGCGGCCGCGUGGUGACGCUGCUGCGUGAUGAGGACAUGCGGCACUUCAAAGCCAUGAUCCGUAAGGCCGACAACAACUUUGUGCGCGAGCUCAAGCUGCCGGCGGAGCGGGUGGAGUCGUUCCGGCCGGCGCUGGCGGGUGCCUUGCAGCAGCUAGAGGCGCUGUUGGCGGCGGAGAAGCGCGCGGACGCCGCGACGGCGGCGGAGCUACAGAAGCAGCAGCAGGCGCAGGCGCAUCAACAGCAGCAGCGGCAGGAGCAGAAGCAGGAGGUGGGCGGCACCCAGGCGGAGGCAGGUGUGGAGGUGGGGACGAAGCGGCAGGCAAUGCACGCGAAGGAGGAGGAGGUGGAGGUGGCGGGGGAGGAGGAGCCGCAAGAGGAGGUCGAGCAGAAAGUGCAGCGGAAGCGCAGCCGAAAGGACGAGCAGGGCAAGACGUCAGGCGCUUCCGCUCCUGCACAUGAGCGGGAAGUCGAGACGCCCAAGCGGGAGUCUGGUGCGGAGGAGCCAGGGGAGGAGGAGAUCGCGGAGGAGGAUGGGAGAAAGGGGCGCGAGGGCAAGCGGAAGAAGCGGCGCCACGGCAAAGAUGAAGGCCAGGCCUAGAGCUGUCGGACAAAAGCAGCCGCGAGAGGGGAAAGUAG